CGCCGUAGGCGCCGGGUACGGUGGCCGCAGGGCGGCGGCGGCUCGGCCGGGCUGCGGGCGCGGGGCCACCAUGGGCAAUCUGUUCGGCCGCAAGAAGCAGAGCCGGGUCACCGAGCAGGACAGAGCCAUCCUGCAACUGAAGCAGCAGCGGGACAAGCUGAGGCAGUACCAGAAGAGGGUCUCGCAGCAGCUGGAGCGGGAGCGGGCCCUGGCCCGGCAGCUCCUGCGAGAUGGCCGGAAGGAACGUGCCAAGCUGCUGCUCAAGAAGAAGCGAUACCGGGAGCAGCUCCUGGACAGGACAGAGAGCCAGAUCAGCAGCCUGGAGACCAUGGUCCAGAGCAUCGAGUUCACCCAGAUCGAGAUGAAGGUGCUGGAGGGGCUGCAGGUGGGGAAUGAGUGUCUGAACAAGAUGCACCAGGUGAUGUCCAUAGAGGAAGUGGAGAGGAUCCUGGACGAGACCCAGGAGGCCGUGGAGUACCAGCGGCAAAUAGAUGAGCUGUUAGCAGGAAGCUUCACCCAGGAGGAUGAAGAUGCCAUCUUGGAGGAACUGAAUGCAAUCACUCAGGAACAAAUAGAGCUACCAGAGGUUCCUUCGGAGCCCCUUCCUAAAACACUCCCAGAAAAAGACCCUGUCAAGGUCAGAGCCAGGCCCGCAGACCUGGUGGCAGCCUCGUAGCUCAGCCCCUCACAGGACUCGCGGGAUUCUACAAGGAUAAACCCACGCAGCUUGGGUGUGUGGCAGCCCCGGAGGGCUCCCAGGAGGCCGGCUGGCGUGGCCGGGCUGGCCAGCACGGAAGGUGCUGUCGGGCGGAACAGCAGCACUCAGGCUCACGUGCUGGGACGGCUCCUGGGUGUCCCUUCACGGUUCAGUCUGAUUGCACAGUGACACUGCUGUUCUGCUCUCAUUCUGGAUUAAACAGCGACAUGCAGACCCUUGGCCAGGCCCGGCUUCUGACGGGGUGGUUCCAUGGUGGCAGAGGCCCAGGCCUGCCACCCGCCCCUGGUGCUGUUCAGCAGCCCUGGUGCCUGUGGGAAAGCAGCCCCAGGCCUCAGCCCCUCCUGCCCUUCUUGCUGUUUGCUGUCCCAUGAGCUGGUGGAGAGCAUCGGCCAGCGGGCCCCGACAUGCCUCAGCUUCCUUGCUGGGUAGGGGCAGACACCCCAGAACCUCUUGGCACCUCUACCUGACACCCUAGGCAAGCUUCUAGCCUCUGGGAGAGUUGGGCCGGGGGGCUGUCGCUGCUAGAUUGACUCCCGGAGCCCCAGCCGUGCCCCCACACAGUGGCUCUGCCUUGCUGAGAAAAGACAUCCUGAAGGGGAUGGUGAGACUCGCCGUAGCAGCCGAGGCGUGCUCCAUGUGCCCGUGGCUAUCCUGGACGGCCCCAACCACCAGCUGCCGGGACAGCAGGCUCAGCCUGAAGCCACUGCUCAUGCAAGGCCCCUGUUUCGCCAUCAGACAGCCUGGCCGGGGUCUCACUGGCCCAUGAACAGCACAAGAGCAGGGGCCACCAGGAAUAGGGAGCUUYCUCAUUAACCCCAAACAGGUUGCCCCCAUAUUAAAGUUGGCCCCUUCCUGG